UAGGACAAAAGGACUCCAAUGCGAUGCUGUAUAAAAAUUAAACAUGGCUUUGUUUUUUAGCAACCCUUCGCUUUGGUCGUGUGUUAAAAGGACUGCCAGAAAAUUGAGCGACAGGCAGACAAGGGAAACGUCGUUCCUUUGGAGAAGUUACGCCACUGAUAGAGACAAUAGUGUGCCCAAAAUCUACACCAAAACAGGCGACAAAGGCUUCUCAAGCACAUUUACUGGAGAAAGAAGACCAAAGGAAGAUCAUAUUUUCGAAGCUUUAGGAAAUACAGAUGAACUGUCAUCAGCUAUAGGCUUGGCCAGAGAAUUUUGCAUUGAGAAAGGCCACACGUUCACACAUCAGCUGGAUAAGAUACAGUGUGUUUUGCAAGACGUUGGCUCGAAUAUUGCCACUCCUCAGUCUUCUGCAAGAGAAAGUCAUAUAACUCGAACCAAAUUCACUGGAACGCCAAUAUCGGACUUGGAAGGUUGGAUCGAUGCAUUCACAGAGGAACUCCCCCCUCUAACCAACUUCAUUUUACCUUCUGGAGGAAAGAGCAGCGCAGCUUUACACAUCGCUCGGACAGUCUGUCGCAGAGCCGAGCGCAGCGUUGCUCCAAUCGUGCGCUCCGGGGAGGCCAAUCCAGAUGUUGCCAGGUUUUUAAACAGAUUAAGCGACUACCUUUUCACUGUGGCCAGAUACGCUGCCCUAAAAGAAAACAACAAGGAGAUAAUCUACAAAAGACCCGAAUAAUGCUUGAUUAUAAUUCAACAGUACAUUCAUCUGCAGAUUUUAUAAAUAAACAUGAUCAAAAAAUG